AUGGGUGAGGUUGAAAGUGGUAAGGGAUUGAAUCAAGAACUUGGUCUUGCUAGAGCUGCCAAUACUCGGUGGGGUUCACAUUACAAAUCUUUUAACAAUUUCAUUAGUAUGUUUGGCUCUAUUACUGAUGUUCUUGAUACUAUUGUUGUUGAUUCUGAAUCUGUUGAAGAAAAAGCUAAGGCAACCGGAUAUCUUAAAAAAGAACAAGAUAUUGCAAAUGCCAUUCUACUUGUUAAAGUGGUGAAGAAACGAUUGCAAGAUUUAAGGAAUGAAGGAUGGGAUUCACUUAUCGAGAAUGUGUCUGCAUUUUGUGUCAAGUAUGAUAUUUUGAUACCUAAUUUUGAUGAGUUCUAUGUUAAUUUUGGAAGAUCUCGAUGUAAAGUUGCUGAGUAUACUAUUUCACAUCACUAUCGUGUGGAAGUAUUUUUUAAGAUUAUUGAUUGGCAGCUUCAAGAACUCAAUGAUCGUUUUAAUGAGGUUAGAACAGAUUUGCUUAUUGGAGUUGCUUGCUUAAAUCCAGUUGACUCAUUUUCUAGUUUUGACAUCAAGAACAUAUUGAGAAUGACUGAAUUAUAUCCUGAUGAUUUUGGUGAAACUGUAAUGGUUACUCUUAGGAAUCAGCUAGAGACUUAUAUAGUUGAUGUCCGUGAUGUUGAUAAAAGGUUCUCCUGUUGA